AGACCACUGAAUAAAUUAAAACGGAGUGUGUUCUCUUUCCUCGGACCUCCUGAGGACACAACUACUUGAACGCCGGGAUCGGACUACGUUUCCCAUGAGUACCCGCAGCCCACGCCCCUCUUUGCCUGUACAGAGUUUAAUCUCAGUGGACGGUGGCCGGAAAGGAAUAAUGGUUUCCAUGUCAGCGGAUAAACGCGCUCGCCUUAGCUACCGGACGAGGGAGGAUGCAGUAGUGCGUGCGUGCUGAAAAGCAAGGAAGCAACUAAAGUCAGUGAGCAAUAGAGCAAGAGCUAUGCCAAGCCGGGGCCUAGUGGCCGGGCCAAACUUUGAGUCUUUUCAACGUCGCUAUUUCACGCCGGCCGAGGUGGCCCAACAUAACCAGCCGGAAGACCUCUGGGUGUCUUACCUGGGAAACGUGUACAACCUAACCCCGUUGGCACAGGAGUACAACGGAGACUUGCUGUUGAAACCCAUCGUGGAAGUGGCGGGCCAGGAUAUCAGCCACUGGUUUGAUCCGAAAACCAGAGACAUCCGAAAGCACAUAGAUCCGCUGACCGGUUCCCUGAGAUACCGCACCCCCCGGGGCCGCUUUCUGCACGUGCCGCCUCAGCUACCCCGUUCGGACUGGGCCAAUGAUUUCGGGAAGCCUUGGUGGCAAGGGUCGCGUUAUGAGGUGGGGCGGCUGUCCUCCAAGACCCGGAAUAUCCGCAUCAUUAACACGCUUACGUCGCAAGAGCACACAUUGGAGGUGGGGGCCCUGGAAUCGAUGUGGGAAAUACUACACCGCUAUCUCCCCUAUAAUGCACAUGCUGCCAGCUACACGUGGAAAUAUGACGGCAAGAAUCUGAACAUGGAUUAUACUCUGGAGGAGAAUGGGAUCCAGGAUCAGCAGGAAGAAUUUGAUUAUCUCAAUAUGGACAGUACACUUUACACACCUGCAGUACUGCUGUACUUCAAUGAUGACCUCACAGAACUAUAGGACGGGAGGUGUAUGCUCCUGUAGACUCAAGACAGAUUUGGAAUUUAGCGCUUUCUGUUCCCUGGAGGAAAAGAGGUGGGGAUGGGGAGGGGCCAUGCCUGGACCUAGACCUUCUUUCCACUCUGGGAGCUGGCAUGAGGUUCCCAUGCCCUACUGAAGUGUAAAGAUCUUGUUCCUCAGGUUCAUUAGCAUUUACUCUGAGAAAGCUAGGGAGAAUGCUAGAAGUAGAUUCAUUUUUAGGAAUGAUACAAGAAAAUAAAGUAUCUUAGAUCAGGGAGAUGUAGAAGAUAGUCAAAUAGAGCUCAGGCAGAACUUUUCCAUAGUAAGAGAAAGAGAAGUUCUACACAGGGAUGAGGGAUGGAAGAACUUUUCUGGCAAUGAUGGAAAUGGCAUGGCUGCAGAAAGAUGGAAUUUACAAAGACAGAAAGAGGAGAUGUCUGCCACUGGCCACACAAAACUGGUUAGUCUUUCUUCUGAAUAGUAUUUGCAGCUGAAACCGAAGAGGAAGAGGGGAAGUGAAUGGUCACCAGGUAAUUCAGGCCAAAUAUUAUGCUAUAUAUGCUCAUUUAAUAUAACUACCCAUAAGACAGAUAUCAUUCCCACUGUUCUACAGAUAAAUCUUUUGAAGCUUAGCAAGAAGCUUAAUUGCACAGAAGGUACACUAGUUCGCAACCAGAAUGGAAAUGCAGGUCUUCCCAGUUCCAAAGUCUGUUUUCUUUUCAAUAUGAAGAGAAUAUGUCAGUGUCCCAGCUUACUGCAUAAUGAGAACCUAUAGGCCUAUUGUGUAGUCAGCCAUGGUGUGGUUUUUUUGUUUGUUGGAGUUAUUACCUCUGGAAGGAGUUAGCAGAGUUCUCCUGUAGCAGAGAGGACACAGGGAAGGCUAAGUGUCAGCUAAAUAACAGCUAUUGAGGCUACUUCAUGGUUAAACCCACAGCAAACCUUUCCUGACUCUUCUGAGGCACAGAGGUGGGUAUACACUGACUCCAGGAAAACGAGAAUGGGAAAGGGCCACUGGAUAGGCCACUUUGGAUGCGGUACAAAAAGGAAGCAUCAGCAUGUAUAUAUUCAUGAUGGGCCUGUGCUUUUGACAGGAAGGUGAGGAAGACGGGGUUGGCCUUGCCAGAUGGUGACUCUGCAAGAAGGGGCUUGACAGGGGUGAUGCAAAGAGAGAAGCUAACUAAGUCAACUAAGCUAACUAAGUUCUCAAAAGAGAACAACCAUGGAGGGCAGGGGCCAGAUUUAGUCCCCUAUGACCUAAGCAGGGAAGGGGAAAUGAGAAUAACAGGUGAAUUUCUUGACAGUUUCAGGCAAAAAAGGAAGCAGGGAGAUGAUAGUGCAUCUUCCUGGAAGGUGGCCCCCUAGGAGACAGUGGGUGGGCUGCACAGGAGCGUGCUGAGGGGCUGAUUAGGAACAGCACGGAUAGAGGUGGGGACGUCUGUGUCCACCUUUGGCUUCAGCAGUGUCUGAAUUCACUGUGAGACAGCUUCCAUUCAGUCCCAUGUAAUGACAGAAUCCAUGAAUUAUCUGAAUCAUUUUGGCGUUUCAUCAGCUCUGCAGCUGUUUCAUGUAUAUCUUGUUUGCUCAGUUCUAUUUGAGAACCAAAACUAUGCUGUUGCUCUAGCCUUGGCCUUAGAGCCUGUGCCUAUGGGAUCUGCCCAAACUUGCCCCUCUGCCCAAAUUUCCUACUUCAGUACCUUUUGCCAGACACACAUCUCUGUCCUCACACACAGUCACUCUCCAAGCAGAUUAUAUCACCUAAAUAUCUCUGAGAUCCAUCUGCUUUUCUCAAAGCUGUCAUUACUUCUGGUCUGGAAUGCUUCCUAACCAGUCCUCCCAUAUCCACUUCUGUCCUCCCUGGUGGCUCAGUGGUAAAGAAUCCACCUGCCAAUGCAGGAGACACAGAUCGAUUCCUGGAUUAGGAAGAUCCUCUGAAGAAGAAUAUAGCAUCCCACUCCAGUAUUCUUGCCUGGAGAAUCCCAUGGACAGAGGAGCCUGACAGGCUGCAGUCCAUGGGUUUGCAAAGAGUCGGACACGACUUAGUGACUAAACAACAGCCUCCACACAGAGCAGAGUGAGCUCUGGAAAACAAACCUAAACAUCUAACUUUCCUCCUGCAGAUAUCUCAGGGGCUUCCAGUUACUUCUGGAAUAAAAUCCUAAAUCCAAAGACAUUGCAUAAAUCAGCCUCUACCUGGCAUCAUCCCAUCUUCAUUCCCUACCUCCCAGUCACACUGGCUGGCUUUCUGUUCACUAAACGCCUUUCUGCCUCAGAGCCGGCACACAAGCUGUUCUCCCUGCUUGCGACACUCUUCCAUUUCCCACCUUUCUAAAAGCGUUUCUUCCGCACAGCGACCUUGUCUGAUUUCUCCAUGUAGGUCAAGACUUUCUGUUAAAUCUUCUCUUAGCACCAGGCCUAUUUCAGAGUGCUUAUUACAAUAGUAACGUAAACAUUAUGGAUGUAAUUGGCUGGCUGGCUGCUAGAUUGUAAGCUCACAAGAGCAGACAGCAUGUCCAUCUUGUUCACUGCUGUAUUCCCAGUGUUGGGCACACAGUUGCUGCGCAAUAAAUUUUGAUGAAGGAACUCAAAUGUUAAGUGAAUUCCUCUGCCUGUAAUAACUAGUGGAUGGAUGCUGUGUCCUGCGGGGCAAGACGCAAGCAAGAAAUAGGAUGUCUGGGUCCUGAACUAUAUCUAACUACUGGUUUCUUUCCUUGCUUGCCAUAGAUCCAAGACCAAAAGUUACUCCAUAGACCCUCACAGAGAUUUUUUGGGGCAAUUGACCUGUCUUUUCUCUAUAUGGCCACCAGGUGGCUAUAGUCACCUAUAGAGUGAAGGGAGAGGGGCCUGGACGAGGAAAAACAUUUCCAACUUCUCAACAGGUUAGAAUUAAAGGUGGCCCAUGGAAAUGCAUAGGUGGAAGGAAAGGAUCAGAAAAAAAGAGAAAACAACAUGGCCACUAUUCUGUUAGCAUUAGGUUUGUUCCUGUUUUUAAUUUUUUUCAUAAGCACAUGCCAGAAAAGGAGUGUAGUUUGAGAAAUAAAACUCAUGGGAUAGGCCAUGAAGGGGGUCUGAUUACAGGAGUGGGUGUAUACAGGAUGAGGCACAGAACUAUGAAAGGGAUAAAGAUCACAAAUUUUUCAGAUAAUAGAGUAUGUUCAUUUAUUCUUAGUGGGUUUUGUUUUGUUUGUAUACAGCUUUCUACUGGGCACUACCUUGGUUCUCUAGAUAUCCAAGACUGGAUAUUUGCAUGAAGAGUAUGUAAAUAAUGCCUGUUCCUAAAACCUAGAUUCUAAAUAGAACAUGAAUGUAGGCUUCAGGUA